AUGGCUGCUAAUGCAGAGCAGAGAGGAGAGGUUUGUGUAUGUGAAAGUUUCAUUUCCAUUGAAGACAUUCUUUUUGGAAAAAACAGUGGAAAUUUUGAACUGGUUAAUAUAUUAUUAGUUGUUAAAGAAUUAAUAUACAAAAACCAUAUGAACAAAUCUAAGCCCUGCUUUCCUAGAUGUAUUGUAGAAGUAAAGAGGACUAAGCGCAAAACAAAAAUAUUGGAUGACGUUGAUGUACAUAUAAAAAAACUUAUUGCUCAUGAAUAUGAAGUUGAUGAAGAUGAUGAAGUUGAUGAUGAAGAUGAGGAAUCAGAUGAUUAUGAAUCACAGAACAAAUAG